AUGGAUCCAGCACCUCCAGAUAGUAAACGUCCACGCCUCUCUUCGUGGCCAGUCGGCACACCUCAACAAGGAGUAUCACUACCACAUCCUCACGCUCAUCAACUUCCACCACCGCCUCCGCCUCCGCCCGGCGCUCUACAUCAUCCUCCUCAUCCUCCUCCGAGCCCGUAUCAACAUUACCCUCCUCGACCCAUCGAGCAUUCCUCAGCUCCGCCGACACCUUCUCACGCUGCGCCUGCGCAACCGCUUCACGACACCGAUCGUCGCCAUCAUGAGCCAGAGCCCUAUCCUCCCGUUCAAGACUACCAUCGACAGCAACAGCAGCACCAACACCCACCACCACAGCAGCACCCUCAGCAGCAGCACCCACAUCCACCUCCGUCGCCGGCGCAUCCAGCGCAUCACCCAUACCCGCCUUACGGUCCAAGAGAUCCUCCCAUAAAACGAGACCCAGCCGAGGAUCAACGCCGACCCAACUCGACGGGCCAUGCGCCCGAGGGGAUGUCGUCAACACCACAUCUUCCGCCGACCUCACUGCCACCACCACCGCCUCCAGGCGCAUACCCAGACAACCCACCGCGACACAUGAAUUACGAAGGCGCGCCUUCUAUGCCCCCAACACCGGGUGGCUACCGUGCGCCCAGCUUCCCGCCGCCCACUCCAGUGCCCCAUCAGACGCCCUACGAGCAACAUGGAGGUUAUCCUUCAACCCCUCACGAACCAUUCUAUAGUGUUUAUUCAUCAUCCGUCCCAGCUAAGAAGAAGAACACGAGAGCUUCUCAGGCGUGCGAUAGCUGCCGGCAGCUGAAGGCCAAGUGCGACGAGACGAAGCCAUGUAAAACCUGCAAGGAAAAAGGCGUGGAAUGCAAAUACCGUGACCCGGUGCCCAAGGCGACGGACAAAGCUCAAGCCGACAUUCUAGAGGGCCUUGGCUCUGUUCAGACGUCGCUUAACUCGAUCAUGACACACCUGGGGCGAUUUGAUCAGAGAUUGAUCAAAAUGGAAUCCCUCUUGCCCAAGCAUCUUGCGACAUCAGCUCUCAAGACAGAGUCUUCGGUGGAGGACGAGUACAAACGUGCCCCAGCAUCGCCUUACGUUGCCAAUGGCGCUUCUGUGGACCCGUACUAUAAUGACGCCCAUCGCGAUCACCCAUCUUCAGAGCCUAUGCCAUUGCGUAUGAUGGCCGAGGAUGAGAUGGAGGUAGAGCCAGGCCCGCCCGUCCCCCCUGGUGAGCCCGCGAUUCCUAUCAAUCAUACGACUUUGGCAGGCCUGCUCUUGGAAUGGCCUUCCAUCCGGGAGCUUACGAAACAUCACGUUGAGCGCGAAGGUGUGCGAUACAUUAGCGAAUAUCCCAUCAGCCAAGAACAAAACCGAGGUGUUCUGAUAGUUUAUGGUCGGGGCGAAGACUCCCACCCUUCGCGACAUGUUAGAGAACCUACCGACCAUGGCAACUUGGAUAUGGCCGAUGAUUCAUCCGAUAUGGCAUCUCCUUCGCCCGCGGCUGAUUGGGGCCAGCUCGGUGGACUAAGCCCUCCAGACCAAGUGGAAUACAAGGGAGGUGUUCUGGUUGAUGGCAAUCCUGAUUUCUCCGAGCCGAAAGUGUGGGCGUACGUCGAAAGUUUUAAGGAAAACAUUCUCAACAUGCACCCUAUCAUUCAACCAAAACUGCUGGACUACUGGGUUAGGCACUUUCUGGAUAACCUUCCUGCAUCACAGCCACGUUCAGCAAAGCCACAAACAUCGAAGCCCACCUUCGCCGUUGGAGGAGGCUCUUCGACACCAGAAGCUGCAGGCUCAAAGAGGAAACGAUCGCCAGGACCAGAUGGCUCCGAGCCACCCACACCGGCGCCACAACGUAUCGGUCGACCAGAUCGGUCCAUCCAUACCGCUCUAGUUCUCACGGUUCUGGCUUUGGGUAAAGUUUGCCUUCACCGCGAUAACGUGCCGGAUGUCGUCCAUCCUACAGAGCCUCUUCCCCACGGAAGCCCUGCCCUCCGCAAUGGAGCCAUUCCGCCAUCGCCCAAUCAAGGCUCUCCGCCAGGGUACUCAUCUCAUUCCCAUUCAUCAGGUUUGCCAUCACCUAAAGAGCAAGACCGGAACAUCCAUAGUCGUCGAUCCUCUAUCCAUGGCACAGGUGCUUUCCGCUCUGGCUACAGUUUGAAGAAGAACUACGAGGUAAUUCCUGGCCUGGAGUACUUUGCAUACGCCACGGAUAUCCUUGGCAACCACACUGGGGCGUACAACAAUAUGAAAAAUGUGUACGCCAACAUCUUCGCCGGGCUGUAUCAUGGCCAGCUGGGCAGGCCGAUGGAGAGUUUUGCUUUCAUCCACAGGGCCAGCCACAAGCUACAAGUCAUCAUGAGACCGAGCCUAGAUAAAAUGCGGCGAAUCAAGCGUAACAGCGAGUUCAUCCAGGAAACCAAGUAUAACCAGCUUGCUCUCACGUUCUGGACUUGUCUGCAGCUCGAGAGUGAUCUCAUUGCAGAGAUGCAACUUCCCCCAUCAGGACUGCUCUCAUAUGAGGAUGACAUGCCGCACCCUAACAUGAGUCUCUUGGAAGGUUUCAACCAGCGCAUCUUGGAUAGUUACCCAGGUCAGCUAUACUUGCGUACCCACCUCAACAGCAUCCACCGAAUGUUUUACGCCCCUGAAGAUCCGGCCAAACCUGGCAAAGAUAAGUUCCGCAAUGUCGGCGUCGUGUCUGACGCUGUCUCGGGCAUGCAUUGGGUUGCCCCUAGCUUUGCAUUCAGAGAGGAUGAUCCUCCUGCAGAUGAUAUUCUGGCAGCAAGACUGCGGGCAAAGUACUGGGGAGCUCAGGUGAUCACUUAUCGCCCMUUCAUCCGACAGAUUCUACAGUUCUCGCACUCAAUCAAGAACCAUGCAUCGAGCCCCAACUUUCCCAGCGUCAGCUCCGAAUUCCGACAGGACAUCACAGCRCCUGUUAUUCAUCCCAAGGCUAGAACGCAUGGCGAUAUCGAUCCUCAAGUMGUUGMGUURGCUAAGAAGGGUAUCAAAGCGCUCAUUGAAAGCACCCGUGCUUUCCACGGUCUGGGAGAUAGGAGGCCGAUCAUCACCAAUAUUUUCGGCACAGCUCACGCCCAAUGGGGUAACCUGUUGAUUCUAUCAGCUGCAUUCCGUGACCCAAUCCUUCAUACCUAUGUAGAUGAGGAACUACUUCGAACACUGUUCCACAAGACGAUCCAGUUUUUGCGACAGUCGGCAACGGCAACGAGCGCACUUCGAACUGACAUGCACAUCCUUGAAGGUCUGCAGAGAGAUCUUUUCAGCUACGAUCCGAGGACCAACUCGAGCUUCUCGAGCGGCACAAGCGCACCUGGCUACCAUACUCCAAGACCUGUUCCUAUGGCCGCGCCGCCUCAGAUGCCACAUCAGAUGGGCGAUCAAGGACACCCACGAUCUAUGCCCCAUCAUUUGCAGAUGAACUCAUCACACGGGCAGUGA